AACAUAACCUAAAAUUUAUAAAAAUGUAUAAGUGCAAUCUCAAAUGGUAUAUCGUUUGAUUAUAGUACGAGCUUCCACCCUAGUUUAUAAAUUGAUUCGAGGUCGAUGGUAAAUUGCAAUACAUAUACAUACAAGUUAUUGUCGCCAUUGCAAGCUACAGUUUAUUAUUUACAUGAACGUGUUACGAUUAAGAUGCGAAUAGUUAAUAAUCGUAAAAAUACACGGUUUUUAAGGAAGUUUAAUCGAAACUCUGCUACAAGCUCUAAGUGAUUGAUAGUGUCGUUGAAAUGACGUAAGGUUAAAAAUGCGUAAAGACAAACCCACUAAAUUGUCACCUGCCCGUUGUCAUUUCUGAUAAUCGGUAUGGGAUGUGCCAACUCACCUACUGUUAGAUAGAUACGAAUAUUCAUAUGGCAAUAUGCAUGCCUUGAGAAACUGUUUAUAACUUACGAUGAUAUAGAUUUUUAUGAUAACGUUGUAAAAAAGAGAAUUUGAUACGCGAUGGCGAGUUCAGCUAUCGGAACUAAUUCGGAAAAUACUUCAAAAUUUUUGGAAUCGUUACAAACUGACUUGAAAGUUCUCGCCUCUGAGACGAAGAAAAAAUAUCCACAAAUCAAGGAAUCAUGCGAAGAAGGAAUUGCAAAAAUAAGGACAGCUUCGAAUACUUCGGGUGCUCCAAUUUAUUAUAUCGUUAAUCAAAUCUUAUAUCCUUUGGUUCAAGGUUGUGAGAGUAAAGAUGUAAAAAUUAUAAAGUUUUGUUUAACUAUGAUGCAAAAAUUAAUUACACAACAAGCUAUUGAUCAAAAAGGUGCCCGUUAUAUCACGGAUACGUUAUGGAUGUUAAUGGAAUCUGGAACAGAAGAAGUUAAAGUUUUACAAACUGUAACUCUUUUACUAACUAGCAACACUGUGGUUCAUGGAGAAACACUUGCAAGAAAUUUAGUUCUCUGUUUUCGCUUACAUUUUACAAAAGAUUCUACAACAAUUAACACAGCAGGAGCUACAGUAAGACAGUUAGUGUCAUUAGUAUUUGAGCGUGUAGUUGCAGAAGAUGAACAAAGUCCUGAUCAAGAAGAUUCAGAUGAAAUAAAUUUGGAGGAAUUAAAAAUUCCUACUAAUCAGGCACCUAAAAGUUUAGGACCAUGUGCUGCUGAUGCAUAUUUAAUGUUUCAAGACUUAGUACAAUUAGUAAAUGCAGAUCAACCUUACUGGUUAAUUGGGAUUACAGAAAUGACACGUACCUUUGGAUUAGAAUUGCUAGAAUCUGUUCUAACAAAUUUUUCAUCAGUAUUUUUUAAGCAUCCAGAAUUUAGCUUUCUACUAAAGGAAAGAGUGUGUGCCCUUGUAAUUAAAUUAUUUUCCCCUAAUAUCAAAUAUCGCAAUUCGGUACCAGCAUCACUACAACAAGCUACACCUUUAGAUAAACCUUAUUUUCCUAUUAGCAUGCGGCUCCUUCGAGUUGUUUCUAUUUUGAUACAAAAAUAUCAUUCUCUUUUGGUGACAGAAUGUGAAAUAUUUUUAUCCCUAAUUGUUAAAUUUUUGGAUCCUGAUAAACCAACAUGGCAAAGAGCCUUAGCUUUAGAAGUUUUACAUAAAAUGACAGUACAAUCUGAUCUUCUUACAAAUUUUUGUGAAUGUUAUGACUUAAAACCUCAUGCAACCAACAUAUUUCAAGAUAUUGUCAAUAGUUUAGGUGCCUAUGUACAUAGUCUUUUUGUUAAUCCUCAAAUGAUGAACCAAACCAAUAUAACGACAAGUACAACGAUUCCACAAAGUACGGCUUCUCCGUUAUUUACGGGAAUGCCUAUAGGUCCUGGUGUUUCACCUCAACCUGGUUUUUAUUCACGCGGCAUUUGGUUGCCGGUAGUUGCGACAUUUACAAGUGGUCAAGCUAAAUCAACCUAUCUGGACAUGCUUGAUAAAGUCGAACCACCACAGAUUCCUAUCGGCUAUGGAAUAAGUGUAGCGUAUGCAUGCUUAUUGGACAUUAUACGAUCCAUAGCUCUUGCAAUCAAUGGUACUAAUGAAGUUGUAACUGGAAAUCAAUUGUACAAACCUAAUGAAUUUGAACAAAAACUUCAUACUCAGCUCAUUAAUUCUAGUUGGUGUGGCUUGUUAGCAGCAUUAAGUCCUCUUAUAGAUGCAAGCACCGAUGAAUCUGCGACAGAAAAUGUGUUAAAAGCGAUUCAAACUUUUGCAUCGCUGUGUGGACAACUAGAGUUGCAGACUCCGCGUGAUGCUUUUAUUACUGCAAUAUGUAAAGCAUCAUUGCCUCCUCAUUACGCAUUGACUGUGUUAUACAAUGCUCCUCAAGGUAUACCAAGUGCAAGGCAACAAGAAUCCACUCAGUAUAAUGUGACUAUUGGUGAACCAGAUUAUAGACAACAGGUUGUAGCUGUUGGUACUCCUCUACCCACUGCAUCUCUACCAGUUGGUGCACAUCAAGGUCCAGUUAUGUUAACGGCAAAAAAUUUACAAUGUAUGCGUGCAUUAUUAUCACUUGCACAUUGCCAUGGAAGCAUACUUGGUGGUGCAUGGCAUUUGGUACUUACGACAUUACAACAUCUCGUCUGGAUACUUGGUUUGAAGCCUUCUACAGGAGGAUCCUUGAAAGCGGGAAGAACCGCUGCCGAUCCAAAUGCAGUACUUACAAAUGCAGUUAUGGCAGAUUUGCCUGUACUUAGCGCCAUGCUUAGCAGGCUAUUCGAAAGUAGUCAACAUCUUGAUGAUGUAGCUUUACAUCACUUGAUAGACGCACUUUGCAAGUUGAGCCACGAAGCUAUGGAAUUAGCUUACUCUAAUAGAGAACCCUCCCUGUUUGCUGUGGCUAAACUUUUAGAAACUGGUUUGGUAAACUUACCACGGGUAGAAGUUUUAUGGAGACCAUUAACAAAUCACUUGCUGGAAGUUUGUCAACAUCCGCAUAUUCGUAUGAGAGAAUGGGGAGUCGAAGCUAUUACAUAUCUUGUAAAAAUGGCACUUCAGCACAAAUAUCCACAACCUUUGCGCGAUAAUCAAAAAUUGCAGACUUUACUUUUAGGACCAUUAUCAGAAUUAUCAUCAGUUCGCCAUGGAGAUGUAAGACAACGACAGCUAGAGUGCGUUUUACAAGUGUUACAUGGAGCAGGAGAAACACUAUAUCAUGGCUGGCCUUUGGUACUUGGUAUUAUUGGAGCAGUAUCUGAUCAUCAUGGAGAAGCUUUAGUUCGUAUAGCAUUUCAGUGUUUACAAUUGGUAGUAACUGAUUUCCUACCAGUAAUGCCUUGGCGAUGUCUUCCACUUUGUGUUGACACAGCCGCAAAAUUCGGUUCUCAGACGCAAGAAUUAAAUAUUUCAUUAACUGCUGUCGGAUUAAUGUGGAAUAUAAGCGAUUAUUUUUAUCAAAACCAAGAGAAGCUUUGUGUAUCUCUGAAAGGAGAUUCAUCGUCGGUGUUUCCGGACUUUCCUGGUACAACAAAUAUGCCACCUUUUGACAAACUUUGGAUGUGUUUAUAUGCAAGAUUAGGUGACUUAUGUGUGGAUCCUCGCCCCGCCGUGCGCAAAUCAGCUAGUCAAACUCUGUUUUCUACGAUAUCUGCACAUGGUAGUUUGUUACAUCAGCCGACAUGGCAAGCUGUACUUUGGCAGGUUCUUUUUCCAUUGCUAGAUAAAGUAAGAAGUUUAUCUAACUCCGCCAGUAGUGAGAAGGUAGAUACUAGUGGAAACAUACUUAUUCAUCACAGUAGAAAUACAGCACAGAAGCAGUGGGCGGAAACGCAGGUAUUGACUUUGAGUGGCGUUGGAAGAGUAUUUAAUACCAAGCGGCAAUUGUUACAAAUGUUGGGCGAUUUUCCUAGAGCUUGGUCUCUUUUAUUAGAAUUUAUAGAAAAUUCUGCACUUAGUAAAAAUAACGAGGUAUCAUUGGCAGCUUUAAAAUCAUUUCAAGAGAUUUUAUAUCUCCAAAAAGGAAGUGACAAUAACGAAGUGAUUCAGUCAAACGAUUCCGAAGCGUUAUGGAUCGUUGCAUGGCGUGUGUGGUUGAAUAUCGGAAUGGAAAGUACAACACCCCCUCAAGAAGGGGAAACGGAACCUUAUGUACCAUCACAAGCAUUUUUAACAGCAUUGGUUCAUAUAUUUCCAGCUGUUUUCCAACACAUCAGAAACAAAUUCACUGGCCCAGAUUUGCAAAAACUUUGCAUUGUGUUAAAAAAUGCAGUUGCAGUUCCAGUACAUGGUGAAUCAACGCCAUAUAUUUUGCCUACAAUGCCAGAUGUAGUUCUCACUCAUUUACAAGAUGGUGUACUUCAUUCAAUGGAGCUUUUACAAAAAGAAGCAUUAAAUGGACCCGAUAAUUUGCGAACAAUGAUUGUUUUAAUAUUUCUUCAGCUUUUGAGUUUUUCAAAGCUGGCUUGUGAAGCUCCCACCUAUGGUAAAAUCCCAACGAAACACAUCUCUCAAAUUAGAGGCGUAUCUGCUGAUUGGGUGACUAUGAAUUAUGUUCCUUUUGGAGAGAAAGCUUUAUCAAUGGUUGUAACAUUAUAUCAAAAGACAGCACCUGAAAUGGCAGUUAUAGAUGGACAAGUUUUAAAACAUAUUAUAGAAGCGUUGCAUGUGCCUUUGUCAAUGAAGUAUGCUUGCCCGUCACCAACAACUUGGAAAUUGGCUGUUACUAGUUUGCUUGCUGUUUUACAUACUGGCUUACCUUUAGCCAGGAAAUAUCCAGAGCAAUUUCAAAAUAUGUGGCCGGAACUAGCGAAUACAUUAGAUGAUUUCCUAUUUCCGAAAAGUAUACUAAAUAUAGAACGAGGUGUCGAAGAAAUUCAAGCAGAUGAAGCUGUAGAUUGUCAAGUGAUGGAACUUUUACGAGAUGAGGUUUUACCACAUUCUCAAUACAUACCUCAUCAGUUUAUUUUGCGAGUAGUUAUGUUAUUAAACAAAGGCUCCAUACACUCAGCGACUACAACAAAUAUUGAAAAUAGCGGCGAAACUAAGUUAAGAGAGGAAUUCGCAAAAACGUGUUUUGAAACAUUACUUCAGUUUUCUCUAUUGGAUGGACUAAAUAAUGAAUCAGAUCAUGACACAACCAAAAGUCCUGAAAACGAUGAAGGAGGUGUAGCUGGACGGUUAGCAGUCACUGCGCUCCUUCAUAGGUUUCAAGAAGUUUUACGACGAUAUAUUGAAAAUGAGAGGCGAAGUGGAAAAUGUCCAUUACCUAGGUACAGAUUAUCAGAAAUUUCUUUUGUUUUGAAAGCUGUUGCAACACUUGUGGUUUCUCUGAAAAAAGCACCACCUAACAAAGUUGAAAGAUCAGUUUGGGAACAGCUGAUUGGACUAUAUCCUUGUCUAGUAGAAUGUACAAUAGCUACAGCGUCAGGUCAAGUAUCAAGAUCUUUGCGGGAAGCUUUACUACAAUAUCAUGAUCUAUUGAGACCACCGCUUCAUAGUUCCGCAACAUCUAAUGGUGUUUGACCAUUGCAUUCUUUGCUCCUAACUCGAGAUAAUAAUGUUUGCUACGCAAACAAGUAGUAAACUUUCUAUAACUGGUUACGUGUGCAAUAAAUUUUGUCAUAAAAUUUUUACUUCCGCGUACACAUUACAAGGUAAAGAAUCUAAGGUGAAGUAUCUUUGAAAAUCUUUAAUUUAUGUAUCUGCCGAAAAGUUUAUCAUACAAAUCUUAGAAGUUCUUCAUUACCAUAUAACAAAGGUAAAAGCAUUCGUGUUUAUCUUUAUCUAUCAUCUUUAUCUUUAUGAUAUAAAUAUUUUAAUUGUGUAAAUUGCAAUAGGUUUUUAUAGAAUAAUGUAUUCAAUUAACAUGUUAACACUUAAAGUGUUAGCAAUAAUCACUUAAAUAUUUAUUUGACUUUUUAAUAACUCAUUCUUUCAAAUAUUUUGAUUUCUACAAAUAUGAUUAUAAAAUUCUUUCCUUUUUUAUACAGUUUAUUAUUGUAAGAUUUUAAAGUAACAGAGAACUGCUAUAUAUAGCGUAAUAUUUAUAAAUAGCUGCAUAUAAUUUUUGGUUUAACUAGUAAUAUUGUCUAUAAUGAGCAAAAACAAAAGUAAUAUAACAUGGUGUCUUAUAUUUGAGUGAAAUAACACAUAAAAACAUGUAGACUUAGGAAGUCGAAGCAAGUAUACAAAAGUUAUAUUAAAUAUGUAUUUGUUUAAGCGCAAAUUGGUUGACUACAAAUUAUACACAUAUGCCAUGCUGCUGUACAUAGUUCAUGUACGACUUGGCUUUUCUAAUACAUAAUGUAAAUAUUGAAUUAAUUGCGAUUAGAGCAUAUAGUACGAUUUUAUAAAUAAUAUAAAAUUACUAUUCGCUAUUCUUACAAUGAUACAAUAUUGAUAAACUAUCAUAUAAUGAUGUAAAUAGCCAUACAAAAAUUCAAUAAAAGUCUGAAAUAUU